UUCUCCAUCUUGGGUCACACGGGGACAACGCGGUCUGGUUUUCAUGAAACGGAUGGUGAAGAAGAGUUGAGCGUGCGGCGCAGAGUGGCCAUUUCCUUUUGAGGAUCCGUUGUGGGAUCAUCUGUGAACUCCAUUGUCCCGUUGAUCUUGCCACCAGUUCACCCAUCACUCUGGUUGUGAAGAGGAGCGGUCUCCAUUAGAAGAAAUGGAGCAUCGAGGCAAAACGCUGGGGGCUGAUUUCAACCCCAACAUUCUGCUGCAUAGAUUCGAUGCUCAGCAGACGUUGCUGCUUAAAGAAGAUGCUCCUGAAGAAUAUGGUCUUGACAUACAAGGUUCAGAGUCUCUCCCACCAACCAUGACUGAGGAUGAUGAAGUGUUUCUCCUGUCGUCUCACCUACAUCAGUACCACAUACAAGACAGAGAGUUACCAGAAGUUCACUAUGAAGCAGUAGAACCCAUCAAGAAUCAAGAUCAUGAAGAUUAUUCCAACUCAUCAGAGACUGAACUCAUUGAGGAGGAGGAUGAAGAGAUGGGUGAAGCUGCUGUAAAUGUUUUCUGUCAACUUGAACAAUUACCAAAUUACAGGCAGGGGAAUGACAGCAAGGUGAGCCAUUCAGCUAACGGUUCUCCAAUCUCUGAGGAUAAAAUGACAUUCUUUACUUCAAAGAAAACUCUAGACUUAAUAAGGAAAGUUGAGGUUGAAAUGAAGAUUAGCUGUGAUGACAAUGGUAAAAUAUGUAAUAGAAAUCCAACAUCAAAAAGAGAUGCGAGAACCCUAGCAGGACAUGAACAUCUCUGUAAAUUGUGUGGACACACAUUUAACGACAGAAGAAACUUAGACACACACACCAGAUCCCACACAGGAAAGAAACCUUUCAGUUGUGAUCUUUGUGGAUACAAGUGUAGUGUAAAAUCAAAUUUAAAUGUACACAUGAGAAUCCACACAGGAGAGAAACCUUUCAGUUGUGAUCUCUGUGGAUACAAGUGUAGCGUAAAAGCAAGUUUAAAUGUACACAUGAGAAUCCACACAGGAGAUAAACCU